AUGGAGAAUGACCGCCUUGCACUUGCCUGUAUUGCACAGUUUCGUUAUUUGGAUAGUAUAUAUGACUGUGAACGGAUUUUUAAUUCAGUUUUUGAUUGUGAUUUGGAGAGUUGGCGUUGUGCACCACGUGAUGCUUUGAUACAAGUUCUACCGGAAAUUCUACCUAGUCACAUUGUUCAGCAAGAUACUGCAAAUAAUUUGCAACAAAUGUUCCUGAGGAGAGUCAGUGACAAUUUACUAGCCUUCCGAGUCACUAUCCUUCAGACACUCCUUUUACUUCGUACUGAUGAACAAACAACAAAUAGAAUUCGUGGAAUCAUGUUGCAAAACCUAAUGAAAUUGAACCUGGAAAUUUUGCCGGAAUUGGUAGCAUAUUGCUUGGACAGUAUUCAAAAAAAUGAAAAAUUUGCCUUCCGAAACAUCCUCUGCAGUCUUCGAGUACAUCUGCAGAUAGAAAAUUUAAAAAGUACAGAAACAGGAACAGGUAAGAAAACGGUUGGCCAAGUAAUAACCGAAAUCUUCGAAAUAAUUUUAAAGAAAAUGAAGAGCAGUGAUGGACGUUAUUGGAAGGACACAGUGGUUAUGUUAACCACCGAAAAACAAGAGCAAAAUGAUGAGAAAGAUGAAAGAGGUGAUAUUGACGAAUCUAUGGAAGAUCUUGUUCCAAUUGCAAAAAAGGUGCCGGUUCUUUUUGAUGUUUUAUUUUAUUUUGCUUUGAUGGAUGUGAGUAAUUGGAGCCAUACAAUCCAUAAUAUCUUCAAACAACAAAUUUUAUGCAAUCAACAUUUCCAGUUGGAACAACUUGUUAUAUUAGCUUUUGAAUAUACGGAGAUUUUCGAUCACAUUAUUCAACAUUUAAGUGGAACGGAAGAAGAAAUCACUACAACGCUUUCAAUGUUGCAGAAUAUCGCGGAAAAUCAUGCUGGAGAAAUGGCCAAGUUCUCUCUUGUCCUUAGUAAAAAAAUACCAUGUUUGAUUAAUUUUUCUUUCGAUAAUGUAUGUCGAUUUUUUAAUAUAUUGCUUUUGAUGGAACGAACUGCCGAACAGUCACAAAUUACUGAAAAACACAAGGGAUUGGAAUUCGAAAUUGAGCAGAUGAUAUCUUCUUCUUUGGUUAGGGAAAAAGUAUGGGGAAUUCUUGGUAUCUUAAUGCAGUUGCAACAAUAUCUUAUGAAUAAGAGAUUAAACAUCGAAGAUCGUGAAAGCAUGCUGAAACAAAAAUUAACAUUGCUGGAUGAACGAACAAAACAUAAUAGUUAUUUGCGCACUUGUUUCUAUCAUCAUUUUGCAAGGAUCCUGAAUACCAGUACCUCAAUUGGACACAGCACUGUUUUGGUUGUCUGGGCUGAAAGACUAUGUUUAGAAUUCAGGCGAGAUUAUCUAAAGCAACUUGAACGAAAUUCUACGCAGUGCCGCUUGGAAGAUGAACGCUAUACUAAUUCACUACAUAAAGAAUGGUUUUGUCUAAGCGAAUUGGUGAAACAUUCCUCGAAAAUGCCCGAUUCAGAAAGUCGAGUUUUUGAACCAGUUGCUCACUUUCAACUUCUUUCAGCGCUUACAAGCCUGAAAUAUUUAUGGUCCAAUAAACAACAUAGUGAUGGUUUUCUUGUGGAACUUCGCUUUAUAUUAGGUAAACAGUACAUAACUUCAGUACAAAAUGCCAACUGUUAUUAA